AUGGGUGACGCCGCCCGACGCAAGCCAUUCUCGCAGCGCAUCGACGAUCCAGAUCAAGCCGCUAGUCAACAUUCGCUUGGUGAACUCGGCGAACAGAUCACCCCACACACGAUGAGUGCUGCCGUCGAUCGAGCUCACAUCCAGCUCAUUCAGCAGGUACAGCACGAACUCCGCACGCCUGUACAUGGUCUUCUCAACCUCCUCGAUCAUUUGCGUUCAGAACUGCGAGCAGCACCGAUAGCCGACAAGCAGGUGCGCAGAUCGCUCCUCAUUGAAGUCGACAGUCUCGCAGGACUCGGAGAGAGACUGCAAAAUGUGUUGGAUGACUUUGGUGACUUUGCCGCAGAAACUAUCCAAGCACGCGAAGCUGAAGAGCAGCACGAUGUCACACUGGAAGAACCUGUCGAUUUGGGUGAAUUGCUUGAUACCGUGGCUGCAGAGGCAUGGAACGCACAGGUACGCCAGAUCCGCGCUGAAGACGGCGACGAUGCUAGGUUGCCUCCGCCUCCCGAACUCAUCUUGCAGACCGAUACCAGUCUUCGUGGAUGGAAAACAGUCGUAUCUACCAAGCUCAUAAAAAAAUUGGCACACAAGCUCAUCUCGAAUGCACUUCGGUUCACCACGGAAGGUUUCGUCGAGGUUUCGCUCUCUCCCUCGGUUUCUGCCUCACCCUGGACCGACAAGGAGUUCUCCUUUUCUAGCCCCGACACUGCAGCCGAGCCGCAUCAGAAUUUCAUCGAUCUCGUCGUCCAAGAUUCGGGCGAAGGCAUGACAGAGCAUUUCCUCUCUCAUCGGCUUUUCGAACCAUUUGUCAAGGCGAAUCAAUUCAAGGCUGGUGCAGGUCUGUCGGUCAACCUUUGCUCGAGCAUUGUCCGUCGUAUGGGUGGAGCUAUGCAUGUCUCGAGCGACAAGGGCAGAGGUACCAUUGUCACUGUGCGGCUUCCAGUCCAAAGCCUUCCGGAACGCAUCAUCGAUCCUGCUCCACCAUCGCAAUCCGACCAACUCAUCUAUCUGUUUGGCUUUGAGGGAAAAGGUCUGCAGCGCCUGGCUCAGGUCAUCUCGGCUCAGCUUGCGACGUUCGGUAACCUCUACUGCACAUCUCAUAUCCAGGAUGCUGACUUUUUGCUGUUGCCUGAAGAAGCUUGCUUUGAGGUUGAAGGCGGCGUCGAAGCCAUCCUCGAGCAAACCAAAUCCUGUGUCAAGAUCGGUGUGUUACAAGCGCACGAAGAUGCAGGGAUCGAGUACGCUGCGUUCAAGAAUGGCAGCAGAAGACCCACAUUUGUCACGCGCAAACCAUUUGGUCCGAGAUGUUUUGCUAAUCUGUUGAGACUAGCGCAGCAGCAGGGAGGAAAAGAUACUAGAACGUCGAACGAGACGGUGCGACACAAGCAUGGACACUUGGGCUACACAGCGUCUGUGGAUCCGACCAAUCCAGACAAGGUGCUCUCUCAAGAAGCAAAUUCGACGUGUACAAAUCAUCCCGAGCCUGCCGAAAUCGCAGAGGAUGGUGAAAAGGUGCAGCAUGGGGAGCACAAACAACUGCAUCCGCGCCGGAUGUCCGUGAUUGGUCAACAGGAGGAGAAGAACCGUGGCAAUGCUUCCAGCGCCAUUCCUGGAGGUGGCAAGCUGGCUGACCUGGUCGUGUCACCAGAUGCCAUGGACGAGGUGCUUCGCGCACCCUAUCCCAAACCACAUAUCCAACCACGAACGCCACCGUCCUCGAAGAAUCAUUCAUUUGCAUCAGCCGACACUGCACACACCUCGCUACCGUUGCGCAAACCCAAGUUCAGCGUCCUUUGCUGCGAAGAUAAUCCACUCAACAUGCGUAUCCUUACCACCAUGUUGCGCCAAGCCCAGAUUGAAUUCCACGAAGCUGUCGACGGCAUUGAGGCGGUGGAACAGUUCAAGAAAUAUUUGCCGGCAGUUACGCUGCUCGACAUCAACAUGCCACGCAUGAUGGGCUUCGACUCGUGCGUGCUCAUGCGCAAGCACGUCAACGAACAGCUGAGCGCCGAGCAACAAGCCGCAAGGUAUUUCAAGAUCGUAGCAGUGACCGCUUUGUCCGAUGGUUUCCACCAGCAAAAAGGAAUUCAAUGCGGCAUGGAUGCGUGGCUCACAAAGCCGUUGCAGAUGCGCAAGUUGAAACUCGAUCUGGCCGAGUGGAAGAAAGAGUUUGAAGAAAUGGUUGCUGGCGAACGUAGUAGCAGCACAGAAACAGACGAACAGUAA